CUACAGGCAGCUCCCCCCCACAAGCAGUUGUGCGGAGAGAGGCGAAUGGUCUUCGGUCUGUCUGUGGUGCUCUUGCAUUAUUGGGAAGUUUACGCUUCUUUCGAGAUCCGUGCGUGACUUAUUCGCUGAUUGUGUGUCUGUGGGGGCUUGCUCGGCUCUUUUUCUACUUGGCUAGAUCUAGCUGGAGUUUGCUCCAGAUCUGAACUGCUGCUGUCACAAGAACGACCAGCGACUUGCACAAAAAAAAACCCAACCAAGCUCAAUUCUCUUUGUCGACCUUUGAGUGCUGAUCGAAGUUCAAGCUGAUUCCACGGCAUCCUGCGGAAACUAUUUUUUUCUAAGUGAUAAGCUGAUCGUGAGUACUCCACCGAUAAGCCCACCACCAUGAAGUUUGACGACAUCCUUCGUCAUAUUGGCGAGUUUGGCCGCUACCAGAAACAGCAGUACUUCCUGCUCAGCAUGGUAGUCUUCUCCUGUGGUGUCCAGGUCAUGAUGACUGUCUUCACCUUGGCCACGCCCAAAUCCAGAUGCGCUGUUCCUGGAGUCAGCAACGAUACUUUCAGUCCUGUCGACAGCCACCAUUCGGCUCUUAUCGGUUGGUACAUCCCCCCAGAGGACGAGUGUCACUUAUAUGCAGAUGCUAAUGACGUCAUUACCAAUGGAACUGUGGUGUAUAACUGGAACAUGAAUGACACACGGCCGAGAUGAAUUUCGUAUGUGACCGUGAAAUUCUGAAAUCUCACGCCAUGAUGACCAUGAUGAGCGGCCAGAUGCUAGGCUGCCUGGUUCUGGGACCGAUUGCGGAUGUGGUUGGACGUAAGAAGGCCAUGAUGAGUUCACUCGUAGUCCACCUGGCCGCCAGUCUGACCACCUACUUCUCGGUCAACAUCUACAUGCUGGGGGCAUUGUACUUCAUCAAUGGAGCCGCCAUGGCUUCAGCUUACACCUCCUCUUACACCCUGGGAAUGGAGCUGACUGGCCCUAGCUGGCGUCAUGUCACUGGCAUCGCUGUCACUGGUUUUUGGUCUCUGGGAAUGCUGUGGGUGUGUUUCUUGGCCUUCUUGAUCCGAGACUGGAAGCAUCUACAGCUGGCUGCCUCUUGUCCCAUCGUGCUCUUCGUACUGUACUUUUUCCUCGUUCCUGAGUCUGCCCGUUGGCUGAUCCGUCAGGGACGGUAUUCCGAGGCGCAGGCAAUCAUCACCCGAGCUGCUACUACGAACAAAGUUGAAAUCCCUGAGGAGAUGGCGGUCAAAGAAAUGGGCAAGGAGAAUGGGAAGGCUCCCUCAGAGUCCAUCUUCACACUGUUCAAGUAUCCUAGAGUGCUUGUUCGUGCCUUGAUCAUGUUCUUCAACUGGUUUGUAUGUAGCCUGACUUACUAUGGACUUGGUCUGAAUGUGGGACAGUUGUCUGGCAACAUUUUUGUCAACUUCUGUUUCUCGGCUGUGUUUGAGAUUGCUGCCUAUGCCAUCAUCAUCUUUGCCUUGUCGAGAUUCGGGAGAAAGUCCCUCUACUGUUCUUCCAUUUUGUUGGGGGCUAUAGCCUGUCUGCUUACAGUUCUGCCAGUUUUGUUUGCAGAUUCAUCUGCCAUGUGGUCUGUGCGUCUACUGGCCAUGGUUGGCAAGUUUGGAGUCUCUGGAGCUUUUGGCAUUGCCUGGAUGUUUACAUCGGAGUUAUUCCCGACUUCAAUGAGGGCCAGCAUCACUGGUUCCUGUUCUUUCUUUGCUCGCAUUGGGGGUGUUGUGGCCACGUACAUUGCUAAUUUGACUACUGGAGGCCAACUGGGGCACAUCAUGCCUCAAAUUGUGUUUGGGUCCAUGGGCAUAGUUGCUGGUUUAUUCGCACUUCUGCUGCCAGAGACAAACAAUCGGAAACUCCCAGAGUCUGUGAGGGAAGCUGUUAAGAUUUCAAGAGAGGUGGACCACGAGGCAGCAGAAGCUGGUGAGAGGAAGCCCAUGACUGUUAUUAGUUAAAAGCCUCCUCUGGGAUUCAGCUGUCUACUUUUUCCAUAAGAAUUGACCAGGAAGGAUGAGCCGAAGACAAAAUUUUAUUAUAAAUGACUAUUGUUUUUAUGUCUUUAUGCAGUUAAAUGAUGAAUGCUCCUCAAAGUGUGCUAUGAUUUGUCUGAGUAGUCAACAUUUGUUUUAUAACUCGUCUCAGCUACAUGUCCUAAUAUAAUAUAAAUUUGCUGAUUGGGUACAUAUCAUCUUUUCCCUGCAUGCAUUUAGAAUUUUAACAAUGGCAUGCUCAAGAAAUUCAGCUUGUCAAACAGGAAAAAUGUAGGGUAUUGACCCCCAGCUUUAACAGUGGUGGAGCUUUCACUUUCCAAGCUUAUGUUAUUCUUCUUUUGUAUUUUCUUUAAAGAAAUGUGACCCAUUUUUUAUGUUUUACUUCAAAAUAAAGAGUCACUUCCCCUCCAAAUUCCUACCUCAUAACAACCCCCCCCCCCUGGCACAGGGCACAACAAACAGUCCAGACAGCAGAACAGUGUGGCUUUGAAAUCCCGUCACACCCAGCUUAUUCAUAAGACCUAGCCCCUUUAGACUUUUUUUUUUUCCUAAUCUUAAAAAAUCACUGAACGGAUGUCAAUGACAACGAGAAAGCCAUUGAAGCUGUGGAAGACUGGUUAGGGGCCCAUUCUGGGUCUUUUUUUUUUUCACAAGGACUUUUGAAGGUCAAAGAGAGGUGGUAGAAAUGUAUUGCUCUGCAUGGUGACUAUGUGUACCAAGUAUGUGUGCCAAGUUCCAGAGCUCUAUCUUUAUUCCUUCAUAUUUAGACUAAAGACUUCUUGAACCCCCCUCGUGUGUACCUUGUUUUCAUGGUUCUUCCAGUAGGCCAAUUAUGGCUUCAGCCAGGAAAGGUUUAAAAAAAGAUACCAUGUCACACCAGUGUUCUAGAAUCUAGAGAUUUAGCAGCUUCAAUGAAGAGGAUGCAAUAACUUGAGAAAGCUAUAUAUGUUCACAUUUAUCCGCCUUCUUGCUGAAAAAUGAAAACUUUCGACUUUGCUGUGGAAAGUGCACUCGAGUGCUCAUCAGAUUUGCUGUUUCAGCAGGUUUGUUUGUGAUUCUGAUUUUUGUAUACUUUGUUUACAAAUUCUGUGACAAUGAUAUAUAUUCAUAAGUGGUUUACUCUGGCGCUCAUAUGACCUUAUGCAGUUGCGAGCGCGGUAAAACCCUCUACUAUAAAAAAAAAAAUGAAAAAAAAGUGGUUUACUUAAUCAUGACUUGUGGCUUUUCUUUUUCUUUGGUUUUUCCAUACAUGACAGUUUUUGAAAAAAACGUUGCUUAGAUAUUUUUUUGACUCUACAUGAUGCAGUAAAGAAUUAUAAAAUGAUCAAUGUAGCUGCCAAUGUCAUUCACAUUCUCCCCCAAAAAAUUUGAGUGAAUAUAUAUUUCAGCAGUCAGUAUUUUACAAUUUCCUGUGCUUAGAUGCAAUUGUUGAAAUAAGAUUUCUGCUUUUUUUCUAUAAUUAUUUUUUGUUGCAAUGAUCUUGUUGUGUCUUUUUACAAUAGUUGCAAACUAAUCUGUGCACUUUUGCAUUCCACCUAUUUGAGGUCUUACUCUGUUCACAAUUUGAUUGCGAUAAAUUUGAUUUUAUCUGUUUUUGGUGUAAAGCACAAACAAAUUUGAAUAUUUUAUUAUGAUGGAUUUGUACACUUUUGUUAAUAAAACACAUUUUCCCUGGCAUUUGCUUAUAAUCCUUUAGUUGUAAUAGAUUCUAGGAAUAACUGCUUUUUUAGUAUUUGCCACUGAGAAAAAAUAAUGUGCAUGAAAGAUGCAUCUGAAUGAUAUUUACUAUGUUACUUCCAUAUUAUGCUGUGUUCUUCUUUUAUGGAAAUUUCUGUGGCUCUGCUGAAAAGCUCGUCAAGAGCUAUGCAUGGAAUAUAAUUGCUGCUGAAUGCUCAAGCUCCGCUCGUUAUGUUUAUGAAAUAUCAGAUGUAAACAUUAUAUUCCGCUGUUGACUGCAUACAGAUAUUUUCAUCUCUAUGAGACUCGAAUCAAGUUUCUGUGGACACAUGAUCCAUUUUGAUCUCUGUGAGAUAUAGAUUGAGGCACCAGUGACAUUAUAACGAACUACUGUCAUCUCUUUGAGAUGAAGGAGCAACUGCUGUGAGAGUGGACACCUUUAUGUUUAUCUCUAUGAGAUCUAGACAAGUCCUUUCAGGACUUUCCGGUUCACCUAGAAUAUUGGUUUCUGUCUGUGAUCAUUAUUAUGCUUGUUGCAUAGUUUGUUUCUGAGAUUAGUUGCAGUGGUGCACAUUGUUCAUAUGAUGUGUAGAUAUCAAGGGUUCAGACCCAGAUAUUAAGUAGUCUGAACGUUUUUUUUUCUCCUUCCAUGAUUUUUACACCACAGUCUGUCCGGUGCCUUGAUGGUGGACCAUGUGCAUUAUUUUAGCAUUAGUGUCAAUUAUACUUAAUGUGACAUGAAGUUCCACAGUUAUACAUUUAUUAUUUUGUGUUCAAAGUAAGAAGGGUUGCUGUUACCUUUUGCUUUGUUAUGUUUCUCUUUGAACAGUGCUUUUCGCACCCCUGAAUCAGACAGCCCUUUUUGAGAUUUUGUCAAAAUUACUGCCCUUUCUUCCUUUACCUCAAAUCUGUGUAGUCCUGCCAGAAUGACUGAGAAUGCCUUCUGUUUUCAAAGACGUGAAAAUUUGAUCAUCGGAUCAGUCUCAUCCAGAGUACUGCUCCUCUUCUUUUUUUGUAUGCACACUUACCUAUGUUUAAGAAACAUGAUUGUCAUUGAUUCUUUGAAAUUGUCUAUUUAAGAAAACAAGUUUUUGCAGUUAUCAUGGGACUUCAAAUAAAUGUAACAACAAAUGGGUUUUAAGGAAUGGAUACUUCAUAAUUGCUAUAUAAAUGCAAUAUACUGUCAAUCAAUUAUUAUUUUGCAUGUAACUUGUAUGUAACUUUCCAUUUGUAAUCUUAACGAUUAAUAUUUGAAAAUGUCAGUUUUGAUUUAGUUGAUUACUGAGAAAUGUUUUUUUAACCCUCCAAGUGUCCUAUGAUGUCGCAGCUGAAGUUUUUAGCAUUUUAAAAAUCGCUAAACCUUUCAACUUCUCAGAUGAGCCUCUUUUCCUAUUUCUAUAGUACUUUCUGAAAUUAUAUAGGUUUAUGGCCUUUAUUUUCUUGGUUUGCCUGUUCUCAAGUAUUUUCCAACAUAAUAUUAUGCCUAUGGUGAAGUAUAAUUUCCAAUGACACUAUGGGCUAAUUGUUUCUGACACUUGAAGUUAUAGUGACAGUUUCACAAAAAAACCUUGCAAGGUAUCAUGGUAUCAAGGUAUCACGAAGUGAGAGGUUAAGCUCUUUGCCAGUAGGCCCUAGAGAACAUUGCUUAGCCCACAGGACACAUCAAUUACAAUCAGUGCUUGAGACCAUAAUCAUUUGUACUGUAAAAUUGGGGCUAUAAGCCGUGAAUUUUUUUCCUCAGCUUUAAAUCUUAGGCCUAACUCGUGGUUUUGGGAGCUGCUGGCCGUGGCUUACGAGCCUUAGAAACAUAUGGUCCAAUAACUGACUGGUCAGUACUUUUUGUAUCAUAUGUCAUGUGUUUUAUAAUCUGCUGAGGCUUAUAAACCAGUGUGGCUUAUUUGAGAAAAAAGUUCAGAUUUUAAAAAAACUUUAGUGGGUGCGGCUUAUUAUAUACAGCCUAAACUUUAUUGUAUUCUGAUAGUGCCAGGAAAAUAUUGCUAAAGUAACUCCUACUGAACAUAAAGAUGCCCAUGUUUUAACUAUCAGUGCAAUGUUGGAGUACUUUUCAUUCAAUAUAUAUAGGCCUGUAGGGCAGAAAUGUUCAUUUUUUGUUGUUGGGGAGGGGGGGGGGGUGUUAUAUUUUCCUGUUGUUUUCAUCUUAUCUUUACAUCUUGAAUUUCUGUCUUCUGGUCCUACUGUCACACAAUAAUGUGUACUCUGUGUUAAAAGAAUAUCAGUUGGAUUGAAAUGAUUUUGUGUUUUCGAUUUUGGUCUUGCUGUGUCUUUUUCUUUGUUUGUUUGUUUGUUUUUGUUUGUUUGUUUAAGCAACUGUUUAGAACUUUAUCCUCAAUGAUAAGUCUGCUGCUUUUAAAGUUUCUCAAUCACUUGACUUAUCUGAAAUUGUUGCUCUUGUAAUCAAAUCAGAUGUGGCACUUUUUCAUAAUACAUGUAUGGUGUUCUACCGUAUAUUUUUAUCUUUUGUUUGGAAUUGCAUUGACACCUAUUGAUAUUUUGAAAUGUCAAUCUUCUAUGCCUUUAUGUUUGGAUAUAAUCCUUUUAGUAGGCUAGCACGGUUCUUAAUGAAUGAAAAUUAUUAUGCCCCAUAACAAAAAGACAAAAAAAAAUAUUUAUAAAUUUUCUUUAAGCACAACGAAACAUAAAUUCUACUUAUAAGAGCAGCACCAUUUUUUUUUUUUUACUUUAUUUUGUUAUUAGUGUGUGAUGUCAAGGGACAUGACUCUUAUCUUUACUGUGGGAACUAGAUAAUUAGGGGAGUAGCACGCCCUUGGAUGACGUCAAGAGCUUAGCGCGAAAAAUAGAGACAUCGUCUGAGAGAUUCACGGACACAGUCAGUCGAACUCAGGACCACGAUGAGACAACACCUACUGACUCGGAAGUAUUGGUAAUAAAAUUUUGUUUUCAACAAUGCUUUUGUCACUGCAGGUUGGAAUAUUAUAGAAUCUUCUAUGGAUAGGGUGAAUGUUUAUGUAAUUUUAUCUGACACAUCUUGACUUUUUUUUGGUAAUACAUAAAGUAGGCUAAUUCAUAGAUAUGAAUACUGGUUUGGGCAAUAUGAAAUCAUUGGUUUCGGCUACUUGUCUCACCGGGACAAUAAAGCAUCAUCUUAUCUUAUCCUAUCUUAUCUUAACUUACUGCACAUCACCCACGUUCUUCACAUCAAGGAGUUGAAAAUGAAAACAAGAUCUUUUGGGUAAUUACUUUUGACAGUUUUGUUAUUUACUAUAUUUGUGUAGAAUGAAAAUUUUUGAAGUUUUAAUGUCUUUCAAUCCUUUAAAAGUUGAUUUUGAAGCUCUUUUGUUUAAUUCUAUUUUUUUACUUCAGAUAUUUUCAUACAGCUCCUGUCAAGUUUUGAAUAUUUGAAUGAAAAAAAGUGUGAUAUUCUUCAGUCCAUGACAUGUACAACUGCUUUUUUAAUUGAGAGUUCUUGGCUGUUUUUUAAAUAUCUUUUUAAACCUCAAGACUGCUCUGAGUCUUGCCUGAUAUAAUGUGUAUAUAUGUAUGUUUUGUAUGUCAGCAUUAUGAUAUGAAAAUUCUACUUAUUUGCUACAGAAAUGUUAACAACUUCCUUAUUACUGCUUCCUGCACUUCUGCAUUUAAGUUUAUGAUGCAGUACCUAAAUUAAGUUAUGAAAAUCGUGCAGAUGCUUGAAGAGGUUCUUGAGGAAAUGCAUUUGUUCAAAAAAUGAGAAACUUAGAAAACCUGAUAUUUUGAUUUGUGAUUAAUAAUUUUGUUUGAAAAAAUACUGAAGCCAAGCAGUACAUAAUCUUUAGUUACAGCACGUUUUGUGACCAACUUUUUAAAGCAGUUUAAAUUAUUAGAGAUCUUGCAAUUGUUCUAAAGGGUAAUGAGAGGAAUUUGAAAUAUUGGAGAUUGGCUAGAUAAUCUGUUAUGUCACGUAAGUGUGUGAUGCAUACCCCAUGAUCUCAUCUGCUUUGAAGGAACAGCCCGCCGAAGAAAGAGUUAACAUUUCUACCAAUUGUGUAUUAAGUUUUGCUUUUACAUAUUAUGUCCCUGCCAUGUCCGGUACCUCUUCAAUCAUCACCAGUGCAUGCAAAAGACGUAUGUUCGCUUCCUGAGUGAAAAAGUUAUUUUAUCUAGUAUCUUCAUUUGUCUACCACAAUGCUGUAUCCCUCUUAGACGAGUUGGCUGUGUGAGAGUGGUCUAAUGCCUGUCAAAGGAUCUGAAUUAUAUCUAGGGAAGGGUGAGACACAUACAGUCAUAAUUGACUGUUGAGACCAUACAUUACACAUUUCAUCUCACAGCAUUAGCUCGUGAAGCUGGGCUCUACAGCUGUUGUUUAUUUGAAGUUUUCUGAGAAUUCUUUUGUUUAAGUCAGAUGUUGGUAUACUUGAUGAUUGCUUACACAAGUAUUUGAAGUACAAAAGGUACUUGAAGUUUAGAGAAUUUUCGAGACAGACAGACAGACAGACAGACAGACUGACAGGCAGGCAGGCAGGCAGGCAGGCAGGCAGGCAGGCAGGCAGGCAGGUGGAUAUACAGACAGAUGGAUCGGCAAAAAGAGAGAGGGUGAGACAGACACACGAACAGAGAAAAGAGAAUGGAAAAAAUGGUGGGGGGGGGGGGGGGGGGGACGGGAAUCCUGUUGUUCAAAUUUAUUGCACUCUUUCUAUCAGAGUCAGACCUUAAUCAGACCUUACUUUAUUUUUGGGGAAGUUUCUAAAGGACAAUAAAUUCUUGCCACGUGGUGAUCGUUUGGAUAUUUGUAGCUUUAAAACAGAAUGUUUCACCAGCCUUCAGAUGUUUACCCUACUGAUUUGGCUGGUUUCAAAAGUCAAAUUCUCCCAUUUGCUCUCAGUUCCUGAGCUCUGAUCUAUUCUUAGAGUUACUACCAACAACACAAAGACCUGAUUGCAAAUGCAUCUACAAUAGCAUGAUAAGUAUUUUCAUUUGUAUGGUGAUUUUCAGUCUCUUUCUCUCUCUUUUACUCUUUCUCGUUUUCUUUCGUGCCCCUCCCUCACCCACACGCACAGACACACACACACAUUUGUAAUCUUGGUUAAGUAUUGAUCUAAUUUUGUUUUACUUCUACUUGUACAAGCUCUUAGUUGUUUUUGUUUUGCUUUGUUUUGUUUUGUUUUUCUUUAGUCUAAAAUACUGCUGCACCAGCAGAUCUUUACUUGCUCAUGUAACAUAACAAUAUUGUUAUGGAGAUUUGAAAUAAAAAAAUCUUUGAACAAAUUCGA